AUGUUCCGGGCCCUCUCUUCCAACUUUGAGUCAGAGAGAUGUAUGCUAUGGGAGGGACAAUGCCAGUCAGUAGCUUGUGCUGGCGAUAGCGGGACACAAUUGGGCACAAACAUUUCUUUUUUUCCGAAGUGCAGGGAAUGUGGGUGUGUUGUGCGGUGUUUGUUUGGGGGGGGGGAAAGAGGCAAAAAGAGCAGGUGCCGCAGAAGGAGAAGAGGGCGACUCGUUCCGCGGGAUGCGAGAGGGAUCCCGCGCUGGUGUGGGCCUCCGCGGUUCCGCGGAACGGAGUGCGGGGAGGCGCGCGGUGACUCGUUGCUGUUGUUGUUGUCGAGGCUAAACGACUCUCUCUCUUGGGACCGUGGGGACCACGUAGUAGGAAGCUGGAAAGCCUUCUCGACGGUCUGUUCAGCGGGGGCAAGACAAGAUAUUGUAGUGUUGGAACCGGAGAACAGGGCGAGCCUCCGCUCACAUCGCAGUUGA